AUGACAUCACUCACUCCACCACAGACUGCUUCGCCAGAUGCAAGCCUGCCACACACAGACAAGUCUUCUUUGCUCUCUCAAGGAGGCCAGAAGAAACCUGCGCAGUUGCAAGUAGUAUCUGUGCAAUCCACUGACAUUCCACCUAAGGAGAAUGUUACUUAUGCAAAGCAAACACAGACCACGGCCUCUGGGGUCACAGAGCUACGAGAUGGAUACAUGGAGGACUGGUGGCGGCCACGUAAAGCACACGCAACAGACUACUACGUGCUUACAUUCGACGGCGACGGGGCGCGCCAAGGCGACGAGGAGGAGGCCGCCUUCCACGGGAAGCUGCCGCCGGGCAUCCUGCCCCACGGGCUGCCCACCGUCAAGGAGGUGCAGCCCGCCGUCACCGACGCGCCCCACGACAAGAAGGAGGAGCCCGAGAAGAAGGCAGUUCGCGAGCUGAGCACGGACGAGAAGCAAACCAUAAUGCUGUCGGCGGAGUUCCAGAAGUUCAUGAGCCGCGCGGGGCGCGUCAUCGAGCGCGCACUAGCAGAGUCCGUCGACAUCUGCACCGACUACACGGGCGGCGGCGACGCGGAGGACGCCCAGGACGACCGCUCGGACGCGCGGCUCUCGCUGGUGCGCACGUUCGAGGAGGAGCGGUGGUCGCGCGGGCGCUGCGUCACGUGCGCCGACUGGUCGUCCGCGCACCCCGAGCUGCUGCUGGCCGCGUACCACAACAGCGACGACGCGCCCCACGACCCGGACGGCGUGUGCCUCGUCUGGAACACCAAGUACAAGAAGACCACGCCCGAGGACAUAUUCCACUGCCAGUCGCCCGUCAUGAGCGCCACCUUCGCCAGGUUCCACCCGAACCUCAUCUUGGGAGGCACUUACUCCGGCCAGAUCGUGCUGUGGGACAACCGCGUGCAGAAGCGGACUCCGAUACAGCGCACACCGUUGUCGUCGCUCGCGCACACGCACCCGGUGUACUGCCUGUCGGUGGUGGGCAGCCAGAACGCGCACAACCUGAUCUCGGUGUCGACGGACGGGCGCAUGUGCUCGUGGUCGCUGGACAUGCUGUCGCAGCCGCAGGAGACGCUGGAGCUGCAGCACCGGCAGAGCAAGGCGGUGGCGGUGACGGCGAUGGGCUUCCCGCACGGCGACGUGAACAACUUCGUGCUGGGCGCGGAGGACGGCAACGUGUACACGGGCUGCCGCCACGGGCAGCGCGCCGGAGUCGCCGACUGCGUCGAGGCGCACGCCGGCCCCGUCACGGCGCUGCACUGCCACGCCGCGCCCGGCGCGCUCGACCUCUCGCACCUCUACCUCACCGCCUCCAUGGACUGGAGCGUCAAGCUCUGGAGCCUCAAGGAGAACAAGGCGCUGUACUCGUUCGAGGACAGCGGCGACUACGUGGCGGACGUGCGCUGGUCGCCCGCGCACCCCGCGCUCUUCGCCGCCGUCGACGCGGCCGGCCGCCUCGACCUGUGGAACCUCAACAGGGACACCGAGGUGCCAGUUGCUUCAAUCCAAUCGGAAAGUGGGACAGCGUUCAACCGCGUAUCAUGGACCCCCUCCGGCACCCACGUGAUGGCAGGCGACGAUGCCGGCAAGAUUUGGGUCUACGAACUGGCUGAGCACGUAGCCCAGCCGCGGCAUGACGAGUGGAGCAAGUUCGUGUACACGCUGCAGGAGUUGCGCAACAACCAGGCGGACGAGGACACUGAGCGGCUGGGCCUGGCUGCCAGCGGGCCCCCAUCUCUCUCCAGCCUCACCUCGCUGGCUAGCAAUCCGCUCAGA